AAAGAAACAUGUGCGAAGGAGAGGUGGAAAGCGAUAUUCCGAAAAAAUAUCGGUAUUUCACUCGCGAAGAGGUCAGCAGACGAUGCGAAAAGGACAAAAAAUGGUUGAUCAUCAACGAAAAAGUUUAUAACAUCACAAAUUGGUGCCGAAAACACCCAGGAGGCGCCAAACUCAUAAGUCAUUUCGCCGGACAGGAUGCGACGGAUGCAUGGACAGCAUUUCACAAUGACAAAGAUUAUGUCUCUAAAUUCCUCAAGCCUUUGUUAAUAGGGGAAGUAGUAAACCCAGAGGAGGAUAAACUCACUCUGGAAUUUCGACAGUUACGUCAGCUGACAGAGAAAAUGGGCUUGUACAAAUGCAAUAAGUGGUUUACACUAGCUCAUUUUGUUUCCAUCCUUGGUUUUGAGGCAGUUGCCAUGGUACUGAUAUGGUGCUAUGGAGGUGGCUGGUUACCAUGGGUUACAGCAGGCAUUUUAUUGGCUACAGCACAGGCACAAGCAGGAUGGUUACAGCAUGACUUGGGUCAUUUCUCCGUCUUUAAAAAUUCCACUCUAAAUCGCAUAGGUCAUCAUGUUACUGUAGGCUUUCUUAAGGGAGCUUCAUCUCACUGGUGGAAUUUUCGUCACUUUCAACAUCACGCUAAGCCAAAUGUGAUACGAAAAGACCCAGAUGUUCAGUUAGCUUAUUUGUUUCUCUUGGGCAACUCAAUGCCCAAAAGUUGGGGAGAAAAACAAAAGGGUGUCAUGCCUUACAACUGGCAGCAUAAAUAUUUUUUCCUUGUUGGACCUCCGCUGUUGUUACCAAUAUAUUUCCAUCUGGAGGUGACAUAUUUUGUAUUCAAAAGGAAAGACUGGCUGGAUCUUGCCUUGGUUGUGGGGUUCUUCGUUCGAUUCUUCUCUAUGUUUGGUCCACUGCUGGGGGGCUGGUCAGCUUUUGGUCUGUACAUGUUUACCAGGUUUCUGGAGAGCCAUUGGUUUACCUGGGUGACUCAGAUGAAUCACAUACCCAUGGAGAUUGACACGGAGAUGAAUCGGGAUUGGGUGAGCUCUCAGCUUGUGUCCACGUGUAAUGUCAACCCAGGGCUGUUCAACGAUUGGUUCACAGGACAUCUCAACUACCAGAUAGAGCACCAUUUAUUUCCCACAAUGCCUCGCCACAAUUACCACAAGGUGGCGCCACUUGUCCAGUCCCUGUGUAAGAAGUAUAACUUAGAUUACCAGAGCAAACCUAUGCUGACAGCAUUUGCAGACAUCAUCAGGUCAUUGCGUAAGUCGGGUCAGAUCUGGUAUGAUGCGUACUACCACCUGGGAUGAUGACAGGCUGACAGAUAACCACAGAACACGUCUGUGUUCUCUACACUCAGUAUUUAUAAAUGCCAACUCGUGGACAUAGAUGGUCUUGACCAUUACCAACAGCUAUUUUUGUCA